GUACGAGCUAUUCAGAGAGAUACAGCGGAGCGACACGAUCUGCAGCUACAUGCAUCUAAAAUUUCAACAUUUCUGAUUUAUAUAUUACUACCGGAGGGAAUCACGGAGAUUACACCAUGCACUGUACAGGGGGUGCGAUGUUGACCCUCCUCGCGGCUUUGCAGUUGGUGGUGCAUGGUGAGGAGACAAUGCUGUGCCAGCCUGGCUUCACCCAGCAAGAGUACAGUGUCAUCGUCAGUGAUGUCAUUCCCGAGGGCCAGGCCCUGCUCAAAGUGAGCUUCACGGACUGUGGCAGAGGUUCAGGGCUGCGCUUCGAAACCGGAGACCCGGACGAUUUUCGGAUAGGAGAAGACGGCACACUGUACGCCAAGCGUACCCUCCGUGUGUCGGAGAGAAACAGCCGCGGCCUCGAGAUCCGAGCGAAGAAUUUGAAUUCAGAGGAAGAGUGGUCUACACGAGUGACCUUCACACUACCAGACUCGCCCAAACAGGUCCCGGAGAUCGUGUUUCCAUGGCGCAGCAAUGUUGUCGGCGGUGACGGAAGCGUGAGUCGCGUUAAGAGAGACUGGGUCAUUCCUCCCAUCAACGUCCCCGAAAACUCACGAGGACAGUUCCCAGAGGAGCUUGUCAAAAUCCGCUCAGACAGGGAUAAAAUAAACACACUGCGUUACAGUGUAACUGGACCGGGUGCUGAUCAGAGUCCUACUGGUCUUUUCAUUAUCGAUCCCAUCACAGGACAGCUGUCUGUCACCAAGCCUCUGGACCGAGAACAGAUCUCCAACUUUCAUCUACGCGCUCAUGCAGUGGACAUCAACGGCAAUCAGAUGGAAAAUCCCAUCGACAUCGUUAUCAACGUCAUCGACAUGAACGACAACAGACCGGAGUUCGCACAUCAGAUCUGGAACGGCACAGUGGAUGAGGGCGCUAAGCCUGGAACGUUUGUGAUGACGGUGACUUCGCUGGAUAAGGACGAUCCCAACACAGCCAACGGCAUGCUGAGAUACAAGAUCCUGUCUCAGACUCCUGAAACUCCCUCCCCAAACAUGUUUACCAUCAAUAACAAGACGGGCAAGAUCAUCACCGUAGCUGCCGGUCUGGACCGAGAGAAAGUGUCCCAAUACACCUUGGUCAUCCAGGCCACUGAUAUGGAGGGUAACCCCACAUACGGCUUAUCCAACACUGCUACUGCUAUUAUCCGCCUGCUGGACGUCAACGAUAAUGAACCGGAGUUUACCAGAGGAACAUGGAAUGGAGGAGUGCCUGAGAAUCGUGUGAAUUUGAUAGUAACUAAUCUGACAGUAACAGAUAAAGACAAGCCAGGCACGCCAGCAUGGAACGCUGUCUAUCGCAUCGUUUCAGGAGACCCGACCGGACGCUUCUCCAUCCCCACCGAUCCCACCAGUAACGAGGGUCUGGUCACAGUGGUUAAGCCAAUCGACUACGAGAUCAACCGUUCUUACAUGCUGGUAGUGGUGGCCGAGAACGAGGUGCCGCUGUCAUCCGGGAUCCACCGAACCCGCCUGACGAGCGCCACCGUUUCCAUCCAUGUCAUCGAUGUGAACGAGAGUCCCAACUUUGAGCCCAACCCCAAACAGAUCAAACUGGACGAGGGGCUUCCGGGAGGGUCAAUGCUCACGACGUUUAUAGCCCACGACCCGGACAAACACAUGCAGCAGACGAUCAGAUACUCAAAGCUGUUUGACCCUGCUAACUGGCUGGAGAUUGACCCCAGCAACGGGCGCAUCUCCACCACUGCCCUACUUGACAGAGAGUCUCCCUAUGUCAGAAACAACCUCUACAAUGCCACCUUUAUGGCUUCUGACAAUGGUAUUCCUCCAGCAACCGGGACCGGCACACUGCAAAUCUACCUGCUGGACAUUAACGAUAACGCGCCACGCGUCUUCCCUCAGGAGACAGAAAUGUGCGAACGACCCAACCCCAAUGGCAUCAACAUCACAGCCGUGGACGGAGACCUGAACCCCAAUGCCGGGCCGUUCGCCUUUGAGCUCGCCAGCCGACCCUCUGAUAUCCGCCGGAAUUGGACGCUUACACGCCUCAAUGGCGAGUACGUCCAGUUGAGUCUGAAGAUCGGCUACCUGCAGAGCGGAAUCUACGAAGUGCCCAUCACCAUCACGGACUCCGGCAACCUUCCCAUGGCCAACACGUCAUACCUGCGGGUAAAGGUGUGCCAGUGUGAUCACCACGGAGACUGCGUAGACAUGGAACGCAUCAUGGCUGCCGGGCUGGGUACCGGAGCCAUUAUCUCUAUCCUGAUCUGCAUCAUCAUCCUGCUGGUCUUGGUGCUGAUGUUCGUGAUGUAUAUGAAGAGAAGAGAUAAGGAGCGUCAGGCAAAGCAGCUGCUGAUCGACCCGGAGGACGACGUGCGAGACAACAUCUUAAAAUACGACGAGGAGGGGGGCGGAGAGGAGGACCAGGAUUAUGACCUGAGUCAGCUGCAGCAGCCCGACACUCUGGAGCACGACUUGGUGAAGCCGGUCGGCAUCCGGCGGCUAGACGAGCGCCCGCUGCACCCAGAGCCCAACUACCCUCUCCGCUCUGCUGCCCCUCACCCUGGAGACAUCGGAGACUUCAUCCAUGAGGGUCUUAAAGCGGCCGACACCGACCCCACGGCACCACCGUACGACUCCCUGCUGGUGUUCGACUACGAAGGCAGCGGCUCCACCGCCGGCUCGCUCAGCUCGCUGCACUCGUCCAGCUCUGGAGAAGAGCAGGACUACGACUACCUCAACGACUGGGGGCCACGGUUCCGUAAACUGGCCGACAUGUACGGUGGAAACGACGACUAAACGGCAUUAGAGCACCAGUUACGGAGGUACAAAAAAAAAACGUGAAUUAAAAAAAAACAUGAAGCGUGGAACCUUUAUCAUGGGACAUCAGACAGUGUGUAAAAUCUGAAGAAUAAAGGAACCGAUUUUCCCCUAGGACCAGACAAGGCAGGACAGGACAAUUGGGGAUGCGAGAGGGGGGAAAUGAUCACCAUGGCAACCAAACUGGCUCUUUUCAUGUUUUCUGCUGGAGCUUAAUUGAGGAUAGGGAUCUGGACUCUAGCUAUGGAUCAGGCUAGUUUGUUGCCUGAGUGAAGGACCACUGGCGGAAGAAUAACGGACUAUGCUGAAGGAAUGGAUGCUCGGUUACACUUGAAUCUUACAGUACAGAAGCACUGGGAUAUUACGUGCCUUUUUGUACAUUUUUUGGUUAAUUGGUUUCCUGUUCAUUGGCUUUACUGGCUCUCAGUUUUGGAGUAAUUACGUUGUGAGACUGAAAAAAACUCAACACACUUCUGUUCGCAUCACCAUAAGCUGUUUUCCUGUCUUGUGCCACCACGGAUCUGAAAACAAGACAAAACAGCAUUGUACAGAAAUUAGAAUUUAGAUUUUAAUUUACAUGUCUGCAUCAUGUUUGUUUUUUUUAUUAUUAUUCUGUUCAUGAUUUUUUAAACAAAAGUUAACUUAUGCAGCCAGUGCAAAGGGAAAAACGUGUAUCAUUCAGUAGCAGAACUUUUAUUUUAUUUUGCUCUUUGUAAGUUACGUUUUCAUUUUUUAUA